AUGGGGUUGCUGGAGAGUGACGUGACGCCGUAUGUGGGCAUGGUACUGGCCACAACUGCGAAGGUGGGAUUAAUCAUAAUCAGCAAAAGUGCUAUGGCCAGUGGGAUGAGUAAUUUCACAUUCACCGCCUAUUCCAAUGCUCUUGCAGCCCUUCUUCUUCUCCCUACAGGUCUUUUUAUUCACAGGUCACCCAAUCGGCCUCCGCUCACCUUGUAUUUGCUUUGUGGAUUUUUUUUGUUAGGGAUUCUGGGGUGCUUGGCUCAGCUGUUGGGCUAUACUGGAAUUAACUUAACGUCUUCUGCAUAUGCUUCAGCAAUGCUCAAUCUCAUUCCAGGAUUUACCUUCAUUCUUGCCAUCAUAUUCAGGCUGGAACAGCUUGCUUGUAGAAGUUCAAGUUUUCUUGCAAAGGCAAUCGGAACUGUAGUGUCAAUUGCUGGUGCCUUUAUUGUAACACUAUACAGAGGCCCUCAAAUUCUUAACUCAUCAUUAAAUAUUGUAAAUGAGCAUGCUGAUAUACCACAAUUGAACUGGAUAUUGGGGGGAUUAUUCCUAGCAGCAGAUUGUGGAGCCUCUGCAGGAUUUAUAAUUGUACAGGCGUUUAUUCUCAAGAAAUAUCCAGCUGAAUUGAUUAUGGUAUUCUUUUACUGCUUCUUUGCUGGCAUCCUAUCUGCAGCAGUCUCUCUGAUUGUUGGUGGAGACCCGAGUGCUUGGGCAUUGCAGCCAAAUGUCCGACUGAUCGCUGUUCUAUAUUCGAUUUCUGAUUCCUGUAUUUGCAGUACGAUGAUCACCAGUAUCUUCCAUGUUACUAAAAUUGAGCAGUUCCCUAUGGGGGUUUUUGGUUCUGCAUUCCAGGUGGGAAUUACAUCAUGGUGUUUGCAUAAAAGAGGUCCUCUUUUUGUUGCAAUGUUUUAUCCACUGAGCAUUGUGAUUGCAACUGCCUUUGAUACUAUUUUGUUUGGUGAGGUUUUCUAUCUUGGCAGUUUGGUGGGCUCCAUCAUCAUUGUUGUUGGAUUCUACUCAGUUAUGUGGGGGAAAGCAAAAGAGAAUACUACUGAGAAAACAGAGGCAGGAACUUCUGCUCCAACUAGUGAAAAAACUCCACUGCUACCAAUUCAGGAUGGGCAGGCAGAAAUUUAA